AUGACAUCAGAAGCGCGGCUCCGGAUUGACGACCCAUUGCGCUGGGUUCCACCUUUCGAAGCCCGACCUUCAAUACUCCGACCAAUUCAUGCUCCGACUCGACGCUCCGUUGCUUUGGACUCGCGACAAACGCUGACGCCCCCGCACACGUUCCGUGGGAUCCUAUCGUCCAAUCGCAUCUCCGUUUGCUUCUCCGCCUUUGCCGCCGUGCAGCUUUGCUUCGAAGGAAUCUGCCGCGCAGCUUGGCUCACAUCAUUGUCGGAGUGUUCUGAAAGGAUCCUGACAUCGCAUUUGAGAUUCCGACAGACACUAAAUCGACACAGCCAAGACGGUGCCGGGCUUUGCAGAUACGACAUCCCUCCCCACAUCCUCAACAUGCUCGCGAAGAUGCAGAACCUCUCUUCCCGAUUCUCCGACUCGACCAUCGCUUCGGCCAGUUCGAGCUUCAGCAAAGUCUCUUCCGCCAGCAGUGUAUCCUCUGUCGAGAGUCUGCACCUUCCAUCGUCCCCCGCCAUCCCCAAACCUCCCCCUCGCACAUCUUCCAUCACUGUCGCCAGCACGAAGACCUACAGAGACCGUCGCGAGCGGAAGAAGCCAGAGCCUCUGCGUCUGGCUACGUCUCGCACCUCGAGACGCUGCCUUUCGAGCGACGACGACGAAUGCUAUUUCACAUGCAAGGAGAGCCAACGCGAUUCGUAUCAAACAAGAUGCUUCUGCGGCUCGCCAGUCCGUCCUCACACCAGCGCGUCUACUUCGACUUGUGCGGAGAUCUACUGCUCGACAGAGUGUGCUCGUCGAGAUGCACUGUAUGCGCUCGAAGGAAGGUCGCCGAGCUCCUGCCCUUCGUCUGCACCCCAUUCGGAUGUCGAUGAAGACCAGGAUGACUUCCCCGUGACACCUACGAACGUCUUUGCCCCUAGCCCGCCGAGAACGCCUGCUGCCAAGGCUCGCUCGCUGGAGCGUUCCAUGGAUGCAUCCCUGACAAGAAAGCUCACCGGAAUCGGAGCAAGUCAUUACCGCAGAAUGGAGGCGAUGGGACUGUACGACGCCGACGUCACGCCGACUCGUCCUUCUCGAUCAAGCCUCCUUCUGGACCCAAUCGAUCUUACAGUCGCUCAUUCGCCAUCAAGCAAAUCGUCGCGACUGCCAUCGUCGCUGAUCGAGAACAAAGAGGUCGAAGAGUUCGACUUCGACCCUAGAAAGACCCUCUUCUUCCAAGUACCGUUCUACAUGGGCUCUCCCAUCGAGCCCUGA